AUGUGUGUUUUGUUGAUGCUGUUCAUCACCACACUAAUGUUGAGUAAAGCAGUAGCAAUGAAUGUUUCAAAUUCGAGCAGAGAAUUGCAAGCAUUGAUAGAUUUUAGAUGGCCUCACACCAACUCCUCCUCCGCUCUUCACUGCCACUGGGAAGGCAUUACCUGUGACGAUCAUGGCCGCGUUGCACAGAUAAGCCUGCAAUCUCAAGUAGGAUGCACUGGUGGACUUUGGUGUCACGAUGUUGGCUAUUUGGAUCCGCUUGUUUUCACAUCCCUCACUAGCAUUCAUCUGAGCUCGUGUGGACUCUAUGGCAUUAUCCCAGAAGAAAUAGGUUUCCUCUCCAACCUAUCUUAUCUCAAUUUGUCCAAUAAUCAACUCGAUUCCCAACUGCCUCUUUCAUUGGCAAAUCUGAGUGAGUUACGCGUUCUAGACAUUUCUCAUAACCAUAACAUUCAUGGUGUCAUUCCACCUGAAAUAGGUAGCUUAUCCGAACUUACUCAUCUUCAUUUGUCACACAAUCUACUCCAAAGUGGGCUGCCUCUUUCACUAUCAAAUCUCACUAACUUAGAGAUCACGACACAGAGAUUUUACGUGGUAGAGCUUCCAACCCUUUUCUAUCGGAUCUAA